ACCUGUCCGCCGUGGGUUAGAGGCAGGGCGGCCUGAGAGCCGAGCUAGGGCUGCCGCACAUGCGCCUUGAGGGAAGAUGGCACCUGCCGGCUGCUGCUGCUGCUGCUGCUUCUGGGGCGGCGCUGUGGCCGCCGCGGGCGCCGCCCGGCGUCUCCUGCUGUUGCUGCUGCUGGUGGUCCUAUCCGCCGUGCCAGGGCCGGGCGCCCUGGCCACCGAGCACUACUCGCCGCUAUCCCUACUCAAGCAGGAGCUGCAGCACCGGCAGCAGCAGGAGGCCCCAGCCGGCGGCGGCGGCUGCAGCCCGCAGUCCGGGGACUGGGGGGACCAGUACUCUGCCGAGUGCGGCGAGUCAUCCUUUUUGAACUUCCAUGACUCAGACUGCGAACCCAAGGGAUCACCACCCUGUGACUCCUUGCUUUCCCUCAACACUGAAAAGAUCCUGAGCCAGGCCAAGUCUAUUGCAGAACAAAAGAGAUUCCCGUUUGCCACUGAUAAUGACAGCACAAAUGAAGAGUUAGCUAUUGCUUAUGUCUUGAUUGGCAGUGGUCUCUAUGAUGAAGCAAUACGGCAUUUUUCAACAAUGCUUCAGGAGGAGCCUGAUCUGGUUAGUGCAAUUUAUGGCCGAGGGAUAGCCUAUGGAAAGAAGGGACUACAUGACAUUAAGAAUGCUGAGCUUGCUCUGUUCGAACUGAGCCGAGUAAUUACCUUGGAACCAGAUCGUCCAGAGGUAUUUGAGCAGCGAGCAGAAAUUCUGUCCCCUCUGGGACGAAUUAAUGAAGCAGUGAAUGACCUCACUAAAGCUAUUCAACUGCAGCCCUCAGCACGGCUGUACAGACAUCGGGGAACCCUGUACUUCAUAUCAGAGGACUAUGCAACAGCCCAUGAAGACUUUCAGCAGUCCUUAGAACUGAACAAAAACCAGCCUAUAGCUAUGCUAUACAAAGGUUUAACUUUCUUUCACAGAGGACUUCUGAAGGAAGCUAUUGAAUCCUUCAAAGAAGCUUUGAAGCAGAAAGUUGAUUUUAUUGAUGCAUAUAAAAGUCUAGGACAGGCCUAUAGAGAACUGGGCAAUUUUGAAGCAGCCACAGAGAGCUUUCAAAAGGCAUUGUUGCUCAACCAAAAUCAUGUGCAAACCCUCCAGCUCCGGGGAAUGAUGCUCUACCACCACGGCAGCUUACAGGAAGCCCUUAAGAACUUUAAGCGAUGUCUGCAGCUAGAGCCAUAUAAUGAAGUGUGCCAGUACAUGAAAGGCCUCAGCCAUGUUGCCAUGGGACAGUUUUAUGAAGGGAUAAAAGCACAAACGAAAGUUAUGCUGAAUGAUCCUCUCCCAGGCCAGAAGGCCAGCCCUGAGUAUCUUAAAGUGAAGUAUCUCCGAGAAUAUUCUCGAUAUCUUCAUGCACACCUUGAUACCCCACUUACGGAAUAUAACAUUGAUGUGGAUCUGCCUGGAAGCUUUAAGGAUCAUUGGGCUAAAAAUCUGCCUUUCCUCAUAGAAGACUACGAAGAGCAGCCAGGAUUGCAACCCCACAUAAAAGAUGUGUUACAUCAGAAUUUUGAGAGUUAUAAGCCUGAAGUACAGGAGCUGAUUUGUGUGGCUGAUCGUUUGGGAUCCCUGAUGCAAUAUGAAACACCUGGUUUCCUGCCAAAUAAGAGAAUACACAGAGCUAUGGGUUUGGCCGCACUGGAGGUCAUGCAAGCCGUGCAGCGUACAUGGACUAACUCGAAAGUUCGAAUGAAUGGGAAGACACGGUUGAUGCAGUGGAGAGACAUGUUUGACAUUGCAGUUAAGUGGAGAAGGAUUGCUGACCCAGACCAGCCUGUGCUGUGGUUAGAUCAAAUGCCAGCACGAAGUCUUAGCAGAGGUUUUAACAACCACAUCAAUUUAAUCAGGGGUCAGGUGAUCAACAUGAGAUACCUGGAAUAUUUUGAGAAAAUACUUCAUUUUAUUAAAGAUAGGAUUCUUGUUUAUCAUGGAGCUAAUAAUCCUAAAGGACUGCUGGAAGUUCGAGAAGCCCUGGAAAAGGUACACAAAGUAGAAGACCUUCUUCCGAUUAUGAAGCAGUUUAAUACUAAAACGAAGGAUGGGUUCACUGUGAACACAAAAGUUCCCAGCCUUAAAGAUCAAGGAAAGGAAUACGAUGGAUUCACAAUCACGAUUACAGGAGACAAAGUUGGCAAUAUAUUAUUUUCUGUGGAAACUCAAACCACAGAAGAAAGGACACAAUUAUAUCAUGCUGAAAUAGAUGCACUUUAUAAAGAUUUGACAGCAAAAGGAAAAGUAUUGAUUCUUUCAUCAGAAUUUGGGGAGGCUGAUGCUGUCUGCAACUUAAUCUUAUCCCUAGUUUAUUACUUUUAUAAUUUAAUGCCACUCUCUCGAGGAUCCAGUGUAAUUGCUUACUCGGUCAUCGUGGGAGCACUGAUGGCAAGUGGAAAAGAAGUAGCAGGAAAAAUUCCCAAAGGGAAGUUAGUCGACUUUGAAGCUAUGACAGCCCCUGGUUCAGAGGCCUUUAGCAAAAUCGCCAAAAGCUGGAUGAACUUGAAAAGUAUUUCACCUUCUUAUAAGACUCUUCCGUCAGUAUCAGAAACAUUUCCAACGCUAAGAUCGAUGAUCGAGGUGCUAAACACGGACUCUUCUCCACGCUGUCUUAAGAAACUCUAGUUCUGCUGCGGUAAUUUAUACAAGUAAAGGGCCGGACCUCUUGCUUCUUAAGUUAUUUUUUAAAACAUGGAAUUAUAAAGAAAUUAGGUCAUCUAUUACUUUUGAUACCAAUUUUUGAUAGGAAUUGAAUACUUGAAAUCAUUUUCUUUACUUUUCUGAACCAUAACAAAAAUCCUGAAAGAGGCUUUCAGGGGAAAAAAGCUACUUGACUUGGAGGGAAAGUGUAUGUGUUAGCCAGAGGCCUGUUGGUUUCCAUUUACAAAGUCAUAUAACUCCUUCCUUACAGUAAAAAAAAACAUUUUCUUCAACAACUAAAAAAUAAUGAUGAAGUAAACAAGAACAAAACCAAAUAGGCUUGUAUUCCUUUAGAGAUCUGGAUAUUUUUCAAAGAGUUUCUAUGCACAUUGUGAUAGAGCAUCUUUUGUUGACUCACGUAACCUCCAUGUGUGAGUCCUUUGUUUUGUUUGAACCCUGGAAGAAGGUUCCUGGGCCAUCAGUAUGUGUUGCGGAGCUCACAGCCAGGAGCAGUUAUUUUAAACAAUGCAGACAGUAUUUGCCAAUGUCCCAAACACUGAAUUAUUGAACAAUGUGUUUUUUUUCUUUGUUGAAAAAAAAUAAACUGGGGUGAUUUCUAUAAAUCACCAGUGUUUGGCACUGGA